AUGACGGCCUAUACCGGACGCCUCCAGCAGGACAGGUUGCGGUGGUUGUUCUCGUCCGAUGGCCAGGGCCCGUCUCUGGGCUCCUGUCGGCCCCGCAGCCACGUCAUGUUCCUGAAAACCCACAAGACAGCCAGCAGCACCGUCCUCAACAUUCUCUACCGAUACGGAGAGGAGAAGGACCUGCGCUUCGCCCUGCCUCUGGGGUAUCAGUUCGACUACCCCCUCCCUUUCAACGCCCACAGGGUCAAAGGUUACAGAGGGCCCCGUGUGGCAGAAUUCAGCAUCAUGGGAAACCACAUGCGCUUCAACAAACCAGAGGUAGGGAAGGUGAUGCCAGCCGACACCUUCUAUUUCUCCAUCCUUCGUGACCCUGUAGCGCUCACCGAGUCGUCCUACGCCUACUACAAAUCCGUUGCCCCUGCCUUCAGGAAAGCCAAAGGCCUGGGAGACUUCGCAGACAACCCCUGGAAGUACUACGACCCCCGUCUCCAUAACAACCACUACGCUCGCAACCUGCUGUGGUUCGACUUCGGCCUGGACCACAACGCCAACUUCUCCACCUCACUGGCGCAACGAGGUGAAGUGGCCAUCCGACGUGCCUUCAAACUCAUCCUGGUCUCGGAGCACUUCGACGAAUCCAUGGUACUGCUCCGCCACGCCCUCUGUUGGCCUCUGGACGCUGUCGUCUCCUUUAGCCUGAACGCCCGGCAGCAAAAGUCCAGUGGAAGCCGCUCCUGGGUGGAUAAAGCGGCCGCUGCUCAGCCCCCCGCCAAGGCUCUCACAGACAACCAACGCCAGAAGCUCCGGGAGUGGAACGCCCUGGACUGGCACCUCUAUCAGGCGUUCAACCGCUACUUCUGGGACGAAGUGGAUCGCUUUGGGAGAGCCAGAAUGGACCAAGAGGUCGUUCUACUCCGGACCCGCCGGGAGUUGCUGGCUAAGGCUUGCCUGAGGGAAGGCGGGAAGCCGGUAGAGGCAAGCCGCAUCCGAGACAAGAACAUCAGGCCCUUCCAGAGCGGCUUGGUGAAGAUCCUAGGAUAUGAGCUCCAGCCUGGGCUGGACAACGCUACCCGUCAGGCCUGUCUGAGGAUGAUCAGGCCGGAGAUCCAGUAUAAAGAUCUGCUGGAUGCCAGGCAGUUCCCCAGGGCAGCUCCCCAGCCUGCCCAAGCUCCGCCCCCAGCUAUCCCUGCUGGGGGAGCCUACGUGAGGAAAGGCCCCUCCCAACUCAGGACAGGAGAGCUGGGAGUGGAGGGAGGAGGGAGGAUGGGGGAGGAGGAGAGGGACUGGGACGGGAGUCGGUUAUCUCGUAGUAGUAAUAAUAAUAACCAAACAUUGGCGCGAGAUAGAGGGGGGAAAAGGAACAUAAGAUAG